AACCUAAUUUUGAGUGUUGUAUUCGCUUCUUCCUCCUAGGUGGGCUUGUUCUUAGUAUUUUCUCUAAUGCACUUCGAUAAUAAAACUGGCAUCCUUAGAGCCAAAACCAAGUCAGAAUAAAAUGUCAAAAAGUAUUGAAGACAUUAUGAAACGGAGAUUUAUUAAAUGUUAAAGUGUAAAGUGCAUUUCGUUGUAAAUUUACAAUAUUUUCUCUGCAGAAAAGUGUCAAACACCAUUUUACUCUGUUAACACCAUUAACACACUAAUAGUGACAAAGUACAAGCCAGUAUGUUGUGAUUACACAUAAAGAUGAAAACACCAAAUCAUCAAUCCUUCAAGUUGUGAUAAUAUAAUUUAGCCAAUUCCAUUGCUACCGAAACGUUUAAAUGCAACAGAAGAGUGGUGAUUGCGAUCAAUGCUAAAGGUUAUUAUUUCAACUGAAGCAUAGAUUAUCGUAAAAUUGUGCAAUAAAACGAGCAUACCAGAAAAUGGAUCUCGUCGAUAUAGAUAAAGUCUUGGAUGAUUUGGAAUUGAAUGAAAAUGCGGAAUGCCGUAUGGUCGCACCUCAGGACACAGCACAGGAAAUAUUAAGAACUGGAUCAGAAUCAUCUUACAACAAAAUAUUUAAACACGUAAAUGAAAAACUGAAGGCAUCAUGUCCAGCGACAUUUUCUAAACAAGAAAAUGGAAAUACCUGCACAGCUGUUCCAGGAAGUAGCAACGGGACGAAAAAGCAUAAAGCUAGGGCGCAUGUUAUAAAUGUUUCCACUGUCUUUUCCAGCUUGAAUGAGUACGUCAAUGCUGGAACAGAACUCAGUGACAAGCUUCAGAAAGCAACCGAGACUCCACAACAAACAUCAUUUGAAGAGAGAAACACCACUGAAUCGAACAGCAAUGGUGAUAGUAAACCUCUUCUUUCGCCGUCCAGUUCAUCUGUUUCUACCGAAUCUCCCACAUCAUCAUCUCUUGACCGACCAGGGUCAUCAUCGCCAUCGUCUAACAGCUCGGAAUCUGAUCGUCAACAUCAGACCAGAAGCAAAGGCAGGGGAAGUAGCAAAAAUUUACACAGCAGCGAUUCCUCGUCGUCUACAUCCACGAGUGACGGAGAUGAUGAAGAGGAUGUCGAUGUACACGAAAGAUUAACCGAAGCACUUUCACUUAGCGGUGGCGAUUACAUGUUGGAACUUUCAGACAAUACGAUGGAGGAAACAACUAAUCAUGAAGAACAACCAGCCAGCCAAGUUGUGCUGUCUAAGCAGAUUGCUCCUAGUGAGCAGCAAGAUACUUCUGCAUUUUCAUACAAAAAUAGCUUGUACUCGGAUACACUGAGUAAUGACGUUAUCAAUUUAGAAGGUAUUUCUUCGAUAUCGUCAAUAGUCGCAGUCGAUUUAACUAGUGCUGGCCAAGCAGAAAAACCUGCAGAAGGUAUGUCGCAACCUGCAGAAGACCAGAAUAAAAAUCCACAAGAAGGGGCUGUUUUAGCAAGGCCAGAAAUAUUAGAAGAGAAACCCGAAAUAAAAAAAAUGAUUGGUUUCGAAUCUACUAUGGACGAUGUUUCCGACACAGAAUUGGAGAGUUAUUUACAGGAAUUGGAAGAAUAUGAUAUUCAACAUAAUUCAGUACCUCAAGGACCAAGUUCCAUUACAUUCAUUGCAGCAGAUAGCACCGCAAUCCCAACGGUUAGCAAGGAGUUUAACAAGGACCUGGAUAAAAAAGAUACUUUUAGCAUUGGAAGCCAUAACAGUAUCGAUGCAAGAAGUGACGAAAGUAUUCCAGAAUCUGCGAGAGAACUUAAUGAUGAAGAUCUAAUUUCUCAGGCUUCCACACUUGAAUUCAAUGAUUUAGCUGCUAUGAAUGCUGCUGCAGCAAGCGGUCCCAAUUUGGAUGCCGAGGUAGCAGCUGUAGAGACAGUGCCAGGAAAUGACGCUCUCGAGUUUUCUCAUGACCCGUUGGAUGACGGUAGUGAGAUUAAGUUCAUUGAUUGCACCGAUACAGAGUCUGCACUAGCGCGUGAUCAGCUUCCUGCUAUGAAAGAGGCACAAACAAAUGCUGGAGCAGUCGAAGAAUCACAAGAGAAACUUCCAACAGAAUCACAAUUAAGAACGCCUUUACCAAGACCUAACUCGUUGGAACUGCCAGCUCAAUCAAAUACAUUUAGCGAGAAACAAAGUUCUCCUGGGCACACACCACCUUCAUCAACAUCACACGGCAUAGAUUCUGAUCAAGGUUUAACGUUAUCUUCAACUAGCUCAGACGAUUUUGUCCCUUCCGUAGCAGUCAUUCCUCAACCGAUGCCAUCAGCCCCACCUACUGAGGAUAGUGAGAGGCCCCCACAAAAUAUAGCGGUUGAUGGCAGCAUACCAAGUAGUUCUAUACUCAGUGCUCAUUCGCAACUAGGUAGAGUACCUCCAUUCUGGGUUCCAGAUAACGCAACCAAUUUCUGCAUGCAGUGUAAUCAAAAAUUUUCUCUCAUCAAACGACGACACCAUUGCCGUGCUUGUGGCCAAUUGCUUUGUUCGGCUUGCUGCUGUUUGAAAGCUAAACUGGAUUACCUUGGAGACAUUGAAGCUCGCAUUUGUAUCAGCUGUGACGUUAUCUUAAGCCAGCAACAGCAAGCUCUUGAAGAAGCCCAAUACGGAUCGCAAUUCGUCAUUGCUGCUAGUGGUUCUUCAGAGCCUAUAACUCAACGACAACCAAACCCCAACAAUCCUAUGGAAUACUGCUCGACUGUCCCACCUUUUCUACAACAAGUCAGCAGUCAGCCUCAAUCCCCUAUAUCUGUUAUGGUUCCAGUUGGAGUAUUGAAACGAGCUGGAGCUCCACGAUCAGGCCGAAAAGACAAAACGGUGAUAUUCAGUGAUGGGAUCCGACCUGGUUGCGAUUUAACCGAGCUGGACGACAAUUGGGAUGCUCAACCGAAGACAUCUUCUUCGCUUCCAAAAUCAGUAGAAGAUAAGCGCAAAGGGAGAGUGCAAACUCUAGUUGGUGAAAAUCCCAGCUCAAUUUCUGUAUCAUCAUUGAUCCCACCAGAAGAAAAUAGGCUACCGCCUAUCAUAAAACAGAUCACCAAAACUGAAACCAAGCAUAUAGAGAUCGACAAUGAUGCGAGUUUAAUUGCGAGUUUGCGCAACGGAACGCUUACUUUUGCAUUGCAACGUAAUCUGUAUGUGCUGGUAACAAUAGUGGAGCUUACCUGCUGUAUAAAUAAGACUGUGAUUAAUUUUACCACACGCGGCAUGCACUACGUAGGCCAAGACGAGAUCGUCAUACUUUUAGCGCUUGAUGAGUCCCAGCUGCUACCGAAAGAUAUAUUUGUUCAUUUGAACGAUAUCUACUGUGAUGCAGACCGCGGAGACACUAUCACAGAAUUAGGUUUCAGUUCAGCAAGAACUAGUAAUUUUUUAGGCUCCAAAAAUCAUGGCGGUUUCUUGUUCGUUAGACCGACUUAUCAGUGCAUGCAAAAUGUGAUAAUACCUGAUUCUCCUUAUUUAGUAGGAGUUUUGAUACACCGCUGGGAAGUUCCUUGGGCAAAAAUAUUACCACUUCGGUUAAUGUUACGUCUUGGAGCACUUUACCGGUACUACCCAAGCCCACAUGUAAGCGUACGCGACCGAGACUCCGUUUACGUUGAAAUCGCUCAAACGGUGAUCAACCUUUUAGCAGACUUUAGAAACUACUCUUACACGAUUCCAACUAUUCGGGGAAUGAUGAUUCACAUUGAAGAUAGAAAAACAAGUAUACUUAUUCCUCGAAACCGUUACGAGCAAAUUACGAAAGUGUUAGAUACUUCGAACGAGCAGAUUUUGGCACUUGGUGGGAAUUUUAGUAACGUGGCAGACGGUCAUUUAGUUUGUAUCCAGAAUACCGAAUCGGGAUGCCCGGAAGCUACGCAGUAUUCUACACAAGCAAUCAAUAUUGAGGGUCAACCUAGAAAAGUCACAGGCGCAAGUUUUCUUGUUCUAAACGGAAUACUGAAAGCAAGUAGUGGCCUAAUCGGAAAGUGCAGUAUAGUCGAAGAUGGUCUUAUGGUUCAGGUACACCAGACAAAAAUGGCCGACAUUAAAGACGCUUUGAAGAAUAUGAAAGAUUAUAAAAUUGUCUGUGGUCCGGAAGAAGGUGAUGACACACGAAAGGAAAUUGUUAGCAUCGAAUGGACUGAAAACGACUUAAAUUUCAACAUUGGGGUCGUUUCUCCAAUUGACAAGAAACCUUUAAAUGGUGUACCGAGCAUCCGAGUUCAUAGGGGAAGUGAUUUUUCAAAUACGAACUAUAUUAUCCGCUGGACGGAAGUUUUUAUUAUUCAGGGCGAUGAAGAAUCAAAUCACCCAGGUGACCCAAUUAAUAUGUCGAAACUUUCUAAGCUAGUAGCCAAAAGUGCAUGCACUGCACUGGUAGCAUUUCUUGACUUGUUGGCAUCAAACGGCUUUCUAAAAAUUGGUCUGCGAAUAAUGCUAGACCCGGAGCAAGUUUCCUACGAAGCGGGGAGUCAGUUCAGCAAGUUGGGCCCAUUGUAUAUGAAUGCAUUGGAUAAUGAACUUAUUGGAACACUGAACCACCAAGCAAACAGUUUGCAGUUAGAUCAGCAAAUUAUCAUCGAACUAAUAUUCCAUAUUCUACAUAAAUAGAUGUAUCUGAAAACCUAGAGUCAAAGUACGAGAGCCAGUGUUGUGGAGUUAAAUUUGACCAACCAUCUUGAAAAUAUUCAUAGAAAUACCUUCGAUGCCAAUUGUUCACCACUAACAACAAGCAUUCGUGUUUGGUAGGAAACUAGAAACAAAUUAAAUGUCUUACAGGAGACAGCAGUAAUAUUAACAAUGUGUUUAGAUUAAUUCUUUGUUGAAAGAUGGAUUUUGGCGUGGAAAUACCAACCGAAUGUUGAUAUAUUUACACACGUUGCAAUGAUUCUAUGGAAUAGAUGGACAAAAAGUCUUAAUAAAGUAUCUGCGACUUAUUGUGGAAGCUGCUUGAGCAGCGCCUGGACAUAAAUGGCGUGAAGUGCAUGUUGAGAAGACUACUUGUGUUGAGAACGAGGAAAGUUUAGUCUCAUAUUUGUAUAGUUGGCAUAUUAUACAAUACUUUUGCUAUUAAUCGACGUAUAAUAUUUAUAUUUUGUUUAAAAAUUUUAAAUAAAGGAAGUCACUAAUA